AUUUUUAUCAAAAGGAUCCUUAAUUUCUUGACAAAAUUAGUUUUGUCAUGUUUUCUAGGAUAGUUUAAAUCAUGAGACAAAAAUUUAAUUCAAACUAAUAAAUUUUAAACGAGAAACAAAAGAAAUUAGUAUGAUGUACUUACCGUAAAAUGCCCGUAAAAGCACCGAAACUGAUGAUUGGUGGAAAUUUUCUAUGAAUUAGGUGGAGGGGAUAAUGCGAACUAAAAAUACGAAAUUUCCUUGCGAAAUUCCCGGUUUAUGCAAAACCAGCUGAUAAACACGUGAAAUCGUGAAUAAUCAUAAAACAAAAGUAAUUUGUGGAUGAUUUCGAAUAAUGAAGUCUUUUGAAGCCUUCAUUUAUUGAUAUUUUGAGUGCUUUUUAAGAAUCGCUGUGUCUUGGUUACUGAUCCGAUUGCUUCUGAGUUUCCUCCGGUUCAGCAUCUUUUUCGAAAGAAGAUAUACAAAUACACGAAUUCAAUUCGAUAUGCCUGGUCAAGAUUACGAACCUAAUAUUAAUCAAGAUGUUUACGAAGACCCAGAGUUCGCUUCACAAAACCACGUUCUUCAUAUUGAUGUCGACAGCGACGAUGAUAAUGAAAUCGAAAUGGAAUUUGAAUCGGAUGAGUCCCCCGAAGCUACUGAAUUGUCUGCUUUCGACAUCUCAAAUUUCACCUUAAUCAGUAGAUUCCAUAAAAUUAUUACGUGUCUGGAAAAUAUUCUUCGUGCGAUGCGAAGGUGCCUGAUUACCUAUCCUCCCGAAUCUGUUGUUGGCUCAUCUUUAAGAAGUUUCAAUCUCAAUUUUCUAGUGUCGUGGCGUCAUAUAUUUGAAAAAAUUAACACAUUUUUUGAAAGCUCAGCGGAUGCGAUACCGAAUCAAAAGAUUACAUCAGAUAUCAUCUUGAAGGGUAUUCAGAAUAUGAGCAAAGAAGAGCCAGACUGGCUCGAGAAUGGUAUUUCUGUCGUUACCGGAGUCAAAGAUCGAAUCGAUCAUAUUCUCGAAUCAGUGUCAUCGAAUUCACCCGACAAUCAAACUGCUCGAAAUAUGCUCACAAAUUUAAACGACCUGAUUUUAAAUCACAUUGCUCUUAUACCUGAUGGCAGUGAUUCGUAUGAUAUCGUGAAAGGAUUUUAUGAGAAAUUAGAGAUGCAUAUGGCUGAAAAUCAGCUCUGAAAAUACGGGUAAUUUAUAAAUUUACAGCGUAUAGCCUGUUUACAAUUUCAUUUGCUGCAAUUUCCUGUGUAAUACUUUAAGCCUUGUUUUUUGUAUUCGUUUAAGAGUUUGUACUUAUUUUACACUUUUGAUGAUAAUUGAUCACGUUCGUAUACCCAAUUAAUUUCGAUAUUUUGUUGAAAUUAAGUCGUAUUUUUGUGAUAGAAUUUUCAAUUUCAUCAGUAUUUCGAUUUUUCAAGUUUUGUAGUUGUAUUGUUAGAAAAAGUUCCUUAGGAUACUUGAUUUUCCUGUGAAUAUUAUGUUGAAAUAUUUUUUCAAAUAAAACAUCGUUAUUAAGUGAA